CGCAAGCUGUUGGCUGUACCGUAUGUGAGCUUUGAACCACGAAGCAGAGCCACAUGCGGAUGCCGUAUGCACUGUCCCCAACUCCAAUUCCGGUCCGUAUUCUAGAAGACUGCCUAUUUCCUCCGGAGAACCUUCGGUCUCUUGCCAGCCAGCCACCGGCUCGGCACCCCUUGGCAGAUAGCGGAAUAUUCUCUUCGGGCGCAGAUGAUAUCUGCCCAGAAACUCUCCUGCUUCUGUCUCGGGCCCCUGAUCCUUUGCAUCCAAGCACCUAUCGGAGUAUUCACGGUGAAAUCAGCGUGCAAUCCUCACCAUCCAACUUCAGAAUUCGAUAUCUCGCCUAGACUGCGGACAGUGCACCCUGCACAGGGACAGUGGAUACAGCCCAGCAAUUCCGUACGUAAUGCAAUGUCACUCACUGCCGACUUUUAGGUAAUAAAAAU